AUGCCGGAAGCUUCCCCAUGUCUGACAAAGGCAAUGCCAGCCAGCUCCAAGACAGACCUGCCGCUGGCCAAGGCGGAGUCCAUCAGCGAUGGUGGUGAUGCUUUUCCAUGGACUAUCAGUCUGCAUCAUUUCAGUAUAUAUACUCUUCUUGGACAACAGAUGACACUUAAUUUAGUGGAACCAAUGGGCUGUACUUCUACUUUAGCUGUUACUUCACAGAAACUGCUUGCUUCGGGUCCUGAAUCCAGACACUCAUUUGUUGUCUGCCUCCACGUCGACCUUGAGUCCCUUGAAAUAAAAUGCUCUAACCCCCAGGUGCAGCUUCUGUAUGAACUGGCUGAAAUCACAAGUAAAGUUUGGAAUAAAAUUCAGAGGAAGGGAAUUCUGUAUCAAUCUUCUGUCUAUACUGAAACCAUGACAGGACCUGCUCCUCCUAGCUCUCCAGUUAAAAGCAGUGUUGGUACCGCUCCACCAGAUACCAGCACAUACAGCCCAUCUGCUGACAUUGGGACCACUACGGAGGUAGGCUUUCUUGAAAAAAAAAAGUGA